AUGAUCGCUGAGCUGCUUCGUCUCCGCUUUGCAGACGGGGACGUCAAGCGCCUGCUGGAGUCUGCGCAGACCAAGACCCAGACAGCGCUAGCGUGGCAGUACUUUGCCAGCGUGUGGUCGCAGUCAGUUGACGUGGUCAUCAAGACCGAUCAAGUACGUGCCUACCUCUUACAUCGCAACAAUGUUUCCCAAACGUACCGCAAACUCAAGUGCAUCUACCGCAAAGUGACGGGCAACUGUGCGCGUGAGCUGCGCGAAAUUGACGAUGCUAUUUGGAGCAUAUUACAUGAUGCCUUUUCAGGCAGAUUUGGCAUUAGCGGCGAAGUCCUGCUGGACUCGCACUUGGAUGCUGAUGACACAGCGUCGCUGACUGCUGGUACCUCGACGGACAUCACAGUUAGCAGCCUGAUGGCUACACUGCAACGCCAGCACGAGGAAACGCGCCAGUUCCAGGCGCUACAGCUGCAGCUGCUUCGGCAGCUUAUUCCUAAGGACCAAGCGUAA